CCCUCAAAUCUGCCCUUGAUCAUGGCUAUACUCCACCUUAAUAUCACCAUUUCUACUGAAAAUGGGGACGAAGAAGCAAAAAAGUGGGAAGGCAGCAACGAGGGAGAAGAAAUUGAACAGAGGAGUUACAGUCUUCAUUCCCCAUUGCAGACAUGGAAAGCUGGAGUAAUAUCAAAUAUAUUUGCAUCAGUUGUCCUGUCUUUUUCUUCACCAGUUGAAGACAUAAUGAAGGGAAGGCGAUUAAAUGUGGAACAACAAAACCAUUACAGAUUCAAAUACUCUUGUUUGCAGUUGGUACAUGACCCUAAUUUGGAAGACAAGUCUCUUGCAGAAACUGUGAUAGAUCAGGAAGAGCUAAGUUACUUAAAGGAGAAAAAUUUAACAUCUCUUUCUUUAUCUUUAAACCCUGUAAAUGGCAUGUUUCCGGCCUCCACGGGGAACCUUUCCACCUCCCUUAGAGUAUUUUACGCCACCAGUUGCAAAAUCAAAAGACGAAUUCCAAAUGAAGUUGGGAACUUAAGCAGCUUAUUAGUCCUUAAACUUUCUGGAAACAACUUGGUUGGAUUGAUUCCCCAAAGAAUUGGCAAGUUGAGAGACCUGCAGGGCUUGCUCUUGAGAAAUAACAAACUUAAAGGAUCUAUCGGUGAUAAUCUAUGUAAAUUGCAGUGCUUGGAUGUCAUCGACUUGACUCAAAAUCAAUUUUCAGGUUCUCUUCCUAAUUGUUUAGGGAAUAUUACUUCCCUUAGGGAGAUAUAUCUGGAUUCCAACAAAUUGAGUUCCAAUAUACCACCAAACUUUGGCAACCUUCAAGAUCUAGUGGUUCUUGACUUAUCGUCAAACAACAUGCAAGGAGCUAUACCUGACUCAGUGAGGAACAUGGCAGGUUUGGAAUUCCUAGACCUUUAUCAUAACAAUAUAUCUGGAAUCAUUCCUAAGUCUUUGGAGAAACUUCAAAACCUGAAGUAUUUCAAUGUUUCUUUCAACAACUUGUAUGGUGAAAUACCCUCGGGAGGUCCUUUCAAGAACCUCUCGAGUAAUUUUUUCAUCAACAAUGAAGCAUUGAGUGGUUGUUCAAGAUUUAGUGUGCCGCCAUGCCCCACUUCAUCAAAGCACAGAUCAAAUAGGAAAAAAUUGCAAGUUCUUUUUCUUUUGCUCGCAAUUGCAGUUUUAUUUGUUCCUCUGACCUUUGUGCUCCUAUGGUUAAGGUAUAGAGUAGGUAAAAGUGCUCCUCAGCAAGCUGACUUAUUGUCUACCGUAGAAAGAGAAAGGAUUUCAUACUAUGAACUUCUCCGAGAAACUAAUACGCUUGGUGAGAGUAAUCUGAUUGGUUCCGGAAGUUUUUGCUCUGUUUACAAAGGCGUUCUAAGAAGGGGAACUGCCAUUGCCGUUAAAGUGUUCAACCAGCAACUGGAUGCAGCAUUCAAGAGCUUUGAUAUGGAAUCUGAAGUUGCCUGUGAUCUACUGUGAUCAAAAGCCUAGUAAUGUCUUGCUAGAUGAGUAUAUGGUUGCCCACCUAAGCGACUUUGGCAUUUCAAAACUGUUUGGUGAAGAUCAGGCUGAUUUGUAUACUAAAAACCUUAGCUACAUUGGGGUAUAUUGCGCCAGAGUAUGGACUGGAUCAACUAGUGUCAACAAAGUGUGACGUCUAUAGUUAUGGGGUCAUGUUGCUGGAAACGUUUACUAGGAGAAAACCUAAUGAGUUUGAGGGUGACCUUAGCUUGAAGCAAUGGGUGAGUUAUUCACUCCCAAAGGCAGUAAUGGACGUCGUAGAUGUCAACUUGGUAACACCUAUGGGUAAUCACUAUAGAAGGAGAUUCAUGUUGUGGAUUCAAUUAUGGAAGUUGCAUUACAUUGUUGUGCUGAAUCUCCGGCAAGAAGGACUAACAUGAAAGAUGUUGUCGGGAUGCUACAGAAAUUCAAGAUUCAACUUCUUGCAUGCUGAUCAUGUUCUCGGAAUCUCCUGUUCCAAAUCACUUGUUUGUUGCAAAUGGUUGCUAAAUUGUUGGAUUCAUAUAAAGUUUGCUUCUUCGUUUUUUUUUUAGCACUUGCUCUUUGCAAGAUUCUGUUUUCAAAAAUGCUAGUUGGUUGUAAUAAAUCUUUCCUUUUUCCUCUUAAUAUUAACUAGUAUAAUACCCGCGCGAUGCGCGAAAAGUUUUA